UUUUCUGAGUGUUCCGGUUUGCGACGUCGUCGACAUCAGCCCGAACGCAUUGACAGUGGGAGUGCUUCGCCACUGUCGUCGUGAUUCUGCUCGACGAGGACGACGAGUCUCGGGUGCUGGGUGGUGGCGCUAGUGGAAGGUCCAAAUGAGGCGCCCUGGAGGACUGAAGAAAGGGCGGAAGAAAUUUGAUGUCGACGAAGAUUUAGUAGAAGGAUUGGGCAGGGCACAUGACGAAGAGUUUCUCAAACUCGAUGAUGCAUCGGAAUCUGAUUCCGAUGGGGAGAAGGAUAACCCCGUUUUUAAUUUGCAGGAGAGUGAAAGUGAGGAAGAGGAGAAUGAUGAUGAAGAUGAGGACGACAUGAGUGACGAGGAUCUUACCGGUCUUGAAGCAAAACUGGUUAAGACGGCUAAGUUUAUGAAGAGGAAGGUUGGUAUUGAAGAGGACGACGAAGAAGAUGAAGAGGAGAAUGAGAAGGAGGAAGGAAAGGCGUGGGGCAAGUCAAAAAAAUUGUAUUACAGUGCUGAUAACGUGGAUUACGAGCUGCAAUCUAGUGAUGAAGAAGCACCAGCAGAGGAAGAAGCGGAAGUUCUCAGACUGCAGCGCAAAGCUGCUGCCGCUUUGCGACCUGAGGAUUAUGAACAGGACGACGAAGAUGACGAGAGCUCCGGAGGGGAGGAAACCCUGCAGCAAGCCGUCCAGAGGAAAGAGAAGAAAUCUGACCGUGGCAAAAAAUCAUCCACCUCAGUCGGUAGUGAUAGAUUCGGUAUGGACGUUGAAAAGGUCAAGAAGGAUCUUGAUGCCUUGACUAGCGAGGAGAAAAUGAAUGUUGUCAUGAGUGAUGCCCCUGAGCUGGUUGGGCUUUUGAACGAGUUGAGGGAAGGGCUUGAUGAGCUCCGAAACAAAGUGCAACCAUUGGUCCAUAAGGUGAAGGAUGGCCAGUAUGCUACUAAAGACGGUAUAAGUUAUUUGGAGGUGAAGAACUUGCUGCUUCUGAGCUACUGCCAGUGUAUAAUUUUCUAUCUCAUGCUCAAAGCAGAGGGCCGUUCUGUGCGCGAUCAUCCAGUUAUUACUCGACUGGUAGAACUUCGACUUUACUUGGAAAAGAUCCGACCUAUAGACAAAAAACUUCACUAUCAAAUUGACAAGCUAUUGAAGGCUGCCAAGGCCCCAGCAGCUGCGGACGCUGGAGAACAGACCGAGGAUGCUCUGAAGUUCAAGCCAAAUCCGAAUCUACUUGUUUCUAAGAUGGAUGAAGAUAUGCAGGAGGGUGGUGGUGUUUACAGGCCUCCCAUGAUUGCCCCGGCAGCUAUGGAGGGAGAGGAGCCGUCUAAGGACAAGAAGGCCAAGGCUCGAGCAGAUAAGGAAUCUCGACGUAAAGCGUCCCGCAGUGCAUUCAUCAAAGAACUGGCAGAUGAGCUAGAUGGAAAGCCUGAAGAGAUGCAGGAUAUGUUGGGAACUGAGAGUAAGGAAAUGAUGCGUGAAAAAGAAAGGCUCGAAGCUCGCGCUAAAGAAGAGGAGGAGCUUUUUGCUCGUGUUCCUCUCACAAAGGUGGAGCGCAAGAAGCUGAAAAAGUUGAAACAAUCAAGAAACGGUUUAAUGGAUCUGCUCGACGAUUUUGACGACAACUUAGCAGACCUCGUAGGCAUGGAUGAAGAAACACGUACCUCCUCUUUCCCUGAGGAUCUCAUCAAACCCAGGAAAUUAUCACAAGUUAUUGCCGAGAGUGGCAGACCAGCGAAGAAGCCGAAGGUGCUUUCAGGUGAUGCAGACUUGCCUGUCAGAGAGGAACUGGGAGAGAGGAGACGAAAAUACGAAAUGACGAAGCCAUCAAAGUUCGAUGAUUCAGAUGAUGGCAACGACGAUCAACCAGAUAACUUCGAACCCGAAGAAGACGACUUCUAUAAAGAAGUGAAGAUGGCAAAGGAGGCAAAGAAAGCUGCCAAGCUUGCAAUGUUUUCAAGAGAGUCGGUCGCUCCUGCAGCAGAAGAAGAGGCAGAUGGAAAACGACAUAUUACGAAUAUGAUGGAGAAGAACAGAGGUCUUACGCCUCACAGGAAAAAGCUCACGAAGAACCCUCGCAAGAAAUACAAGCUCAAACACGAGAAGGCCGUAAUUCGACGCAAGGGACAAGUCCGUGAUGUUAAGACUUCUGGUGGAUCAUAUGGCGGGGAAGCUACAGGUAUAAGAACAGGUAUCAGUAGAAGUAUUAGAAUUCAAAAUUAGGUGUAGGGUUGUUGGCGCGAUGACCAACAGGUCCGGAAACAGGGUGGCGACCGGCACCAAGCUUUUCAGUCGCUUGUUGCACGUAAAGCUUGAGAUCGUGAUAACGAGGACGUUCGUUUUUUAUCCUUCCAGUUGGCAGAAACUUGGAAUAGAACGUCCAUUCCGGCAUAGUAUAGGUACAAUAUAUUGUUAAGAAUCACGAGACUGUACUUUACCAUUAUUGAGUCUUAGUUGAACCACAUGAAAAGAAUCGGUUUCUCCCUAGGAUUAGAAAUACGGACGGGAAUUUUGUUGAAGGUGAAUGUAUUCUUUCUGACGUUGGCAGUGUGCGAGCCUUUUUUAAGAUCGAAAGCCCUCUAAAAGAAUCUUCCUGAAGUCACACCGUUUUAUUCUUCAGUGGAAAUAUCGCUGUAAUGUUUUGAAUAUGAAAAGUGAUGUCAUUCGUGUGGACGAUGGAGACUCUUAUCUCGUACGUUGUCGUGAAGCUGUUCGGAUAUGACAUACCACUAAAUGUGUUGCAACUCUGUACACUACCUAAUCUCUCGUGACAAGAAAAAUGUCCAGGGGUCGAAAACUUGUCUUAUACUUGACUGCAAGUAGAGGCUUUCACAAUCUCGGUCUUCAUCUCAGUAAUUAUCAGCCCACUGCACGUUCGACUCUAAUCUAAGAGAGUGGAGACACCGCUACAUAUUCAUCAUCACCUGGGUUGGACACUGGAGCUGUCUACAUGUGAUUCACUGGAACCCAAGGCGGGAUCGGUUUCUAAAACUGACGUCAUCCCAUGUGAACAUUUCAUCCGCUAAGAUGUCAAGACAUCCCAGCUGCUCCGGAGUCUAAACUAUCUUCUCCCAGACGGCGGUGAUGAGAGUUAGCAUAAGGGAAGCUAGAUAACACUUG